UAAGGUUUUAAGUUAAACAGACGAAAAACACAUAACAAACGGAAGUGUCGCUACCAAAGACGGACCAGACGGAAGCCUUGCAGCUAUGGCGGCCGCUGAGAACAGCGCGGAGCUGAAGAGAAAAGCCGAAGAUGAACAGGAACAGAAGUUAAAUACGGAUGGAGAUGGAGAAGAUGCGGACUGGGUGGGACCCAUGCCGAGCGAAGCCACGAAGGCGAAGAAAAGAAAAGUGCUCGAAUUUGAGCGUGUCUACCUGGAUAAUUUGCCUUCAGCUGCCAUGUAUGAGAGGAGCUACAUGCACAGAGACGUCAUCACACACUUGGUCUGCUCAAAGACUGACUUCAUCAUCACCGCCAGCCAGGACGGCCACGUGAAAUUCUGGAAGAAGAAGGAGGACGAGGGAAUCGAGUUUGUGAAACACUUUCGAAGUCAUCUGGCUGUAAUAGAGAGCAUCGCGGUGAGCGCUGAGGGAGCUCUUUUCUGCUCUGUGGGCGACGAUCAGGCCAUGAAGGUCUUUGAUGUGGUCAACUUUGACAUGAUCAACAUGCUGAAGCUGGGGUUUCAUCCAGGCCAGUGUGAGUGGAUCUACAAUCCCGGGGAUGCCAUCUGCACCGUGGCCUGCUCCGAAAAACCCACAGGAAAGAUAUUUGUGUACAAUGGAAGAGGAAGCAACCAGCCCCUUCACCUCUUUGACAAGCUCCACUCCUCUCCCCUCACCCAAAUCCGCCUCAAUGCAAGAUUCCGAGUCAUCGUGUCGGCGGACAAAGCGGGAAUGUUGGAAUACUGGACGGGCCUCCCGAACGAAUUCAAGUUCCCCAAACAUGUGGACUGGGAGUACAAAACGGACACAGACUUGUAUGAAUUUGCGAAGCAUAAAACCUACCCCAUCAGCCUGGCCUUCUCCCCCGAUGGGAAGAAGAUGGCGACCAUAGCGUCUGACAGGAAAGUGAGGAUCUUCCGCUUCCUGACGGGGAAGCUGAUGAGAGUGUUUGACGAGUCUCUGACGAUGUUCACAGAGCUGCAGCAGAUGAGGCAGCAGCUGCCCGACAUGGAGUUCGGCAGGCGGAUGGCCGUGGAGCGGGAACUGGAGAAGGUGGACGGCGUCCGGCUGACCAACAUCAUCUUUGACGAGACGGGUCACUUCGUCCUGUACGGGACCAUGCUGGGCAUUAAGGUCAUUAACGUGGAAACCAACAGAUGUGUGCGAAUCCUCGGGAAGCAGGAGAACAUCCGCGUGGUCCAGCUGUGUCUGUUCCAGGGCGUCGCAAAGGCCAUGGAGGUGGCCCCCACGAUAGAGAUGAAAGCCUCCGACAACCCCGCCCUACAGAGCAGAGAGCCCGACCCCACCAUCUUCUGCACCGCCUUUAAGAAGAACCGCUUCUACAUGUUUACAAAAAGAGAACCGGAAGACACAAAGAGCGCCGACUCGGACAGAGACAUCUUUAACGAGAAGCCCUCCAAGGAGGAAGUUAUGGCCGCCACUCAGGCCGAGGGGCCCAAGAGGGUGUCGGACAGCGCCAUCAUCCACACCACCAUGGGAGACAUCCAUCUCAAGCUGUUCCCUGUGGAGUGUCCCAAAACAGUGGAGAACUUCUGCGUUCACAGCAGGAACGGAUAUUACAACAAUCACAUUUUCCAUAGAGUUAUCAAGAGCUUCAUGAUCCAGACCGGAGACCCCACCGGCACGGGCAUGGGAGGAGAGAGCAUCUGGGGAGGCGAGUUUGAAGAUGAGUUCCACUCCACCCUGAGGCACGAUCGCCCGUAUACGCUCAGCAUGGCCAACGCUGGUGCCGGCACCAACGGAUCCCAGUUUUUCAUCACCGUUGUACCAACACCUUGGCUCGAUAACAAGCACACGGUGUUUGGAAGGUGCAUCAAGGGCAUGGAGGUGGUCCAGAGGAUCUCCAACGCUAAAGUCAACCCCAAGACCGACAAACCGUACGAGGACAUCAGCAUAAUCAACAUCACCAUAAAGUGAUUCUCUCGCCAUUUUCUUCCAUCAUUUUUACCAACUUAUUAAAGAAUAAUGAUUUCUAACCCA